AUAAUCAUGCAUGCUCUCGAUUGGCUAUGACAGCUGUCAUAUCUGAUAAGACAAAAGAAACCUAUCAGUGGAUUCUGAAGUGCCUAUUACAUGCUACUAAUGGUCUUGCGCCAAAAGUAUUGUUCACAGAUAUGGACUCUGCUAUGACUGCA